GCAGACCUACUACCAGGCAGAAGAAAGCUGAAGAAGAGAUUCGCGAAGCCAACUUCACUGCUGCUAUUCAGGCUAUCAGAGAGAAAAAGGCCAAGAACCUCCGAAUAGCAGCUGCAGAGUUUAAAGUCUCAUACCAUACUCUUUGUCAACGGGCACAGAACCUCACUAAACCUCAUUCAAAAGCCCACAAAAACCUCCAAUUACUUACUGAAGGGCAGGAAGUAACAAUAUGUGACUGGGCCAAGUAUCUCACCAUGACAGGUCACCCUCUCUCCAAGCGCAACCUUCGUGCAAAGGUUUAUUUAAUUCCUCUCGUUCUCGCAGGCGGCAUGUUGAAAUCGGCAAUAACACUACUGAAUCUUCCCUCACUCGGCAGGUAUGUGCCUCCACUCAUUCCCCAAUUUGUGCCGGCAGCUGGUAACAGAGGGGAAUUUCGAGUUGGUGCUGAGGUACAGAUGUAUGAUGGCAGGAGUCAACCUUAUUCAGGACCAUAUCAAUGGCAGUACACUCACAAUAAUAAUUACAUGGAUCAUGAUGCAUAAUGGUUGAUGACAAUAUAUUGCUGUAUUCCAGACCAAGCUUCCAGUUCGACGACUCAGUACUCAACGCCAACAGAUCGAGAGCACUUGCGCAGUGUGGAGAGUCAAAGUUGACUGUGCGGGUGCUAUGCCGAGGUGUGACUCGACGUGACCAUAUUUUGCAGAUUAGCAGUCAGACCCUGAAUUUUCUCGGCUUUCAUCCGACACCACACCACAACGUCCUAAAAAUGAGGAAAAA